AUGACGAAGCCGAUGCGCGCGCGUGGAGCGAUUUUCAUCGCGCUCGCGCUCGCGUUCGCCCUGGGUGCGAGGGCGCAGUGCGAGUACUAUACGAAUUGCGCGGCGUGCGUCGCGAACACCGCGUGCGGAUGGUGCGGACACGACCCGAACGGACAGGGGGGGUACGGUGACGUGAACACGGGUGAUCACAUCGAUGAUAUCGAACCUGGGAAGUUGAUCGGGGGACACGGGCGAUUCACGGUUGCGAGCGGCGUCGUCACGGGCGUGAACACGCGCUUCACUCGAACGUUCCGCGGCGAAACGUCCGGAGCCAAGUUUGAAGUUCCCGGUGUCGCGAGCUAUGACGUGGAUUACGUGACGAGCGAUACGUCGCUGCAGCUGGCGACGAAUCCGACGGAUGUGACGGAUCAGAGCGCGUUCGGGAUCGCGGCGCGGGACGGCACCGGGUCGAUCGAGGCUUCGACGGCGACGACGGCGCGGCCGAACAGCGCGACGACGGAGACGCUCACGAUCACUGGGUCCGGGACGACGUUUACGAAGGAGCUUAAAGUUGGGUAUUGGCUCAUCUGGUACGAUGCGAGCAGCGUGGUGCACUAUCGCGUGGUCACGGCCAUCGCGAGCGAUACGUCGCUGACGGUUGAUUACAGUCUCGCCCCAAUUUCUACGGCUAUCUCGACGUUCGCAAACGGCGGUGGUGGAUUCUCCACGUGGGGUUUCGUGUCGUGCCCACCGAGAAUCGGGAAGCGCAACGUCGGUCUCGGGACGAUCGAGACUUACAAGGACCAAUCGCAAGCGGUCGGUUCGUUGACGCAACCCGCGCUGAACACGCGCACGGCGAGCGCGACGAUUUACGCCGACACCGGCGAUCUCGUCGACGCUUCUGGUUCGGCGACUGGGAUGACGCACAUCAUUCACGGCCGAGGCACGCGUUUUGCGUCGCAGUUAGGCGCCAGCACGACGUGGGACGCCAAGUUUUACAAAUCCGGUCCUUGGCUCUCCGUGCAAAUCAACGGCGACUGGGAAACCGUGGGCGUGAAAGAGAUUGGCACAGAUGCCUCGAGCCCCACCAGGGACUACUCCCAAUACCUCGCUCUGCUCAAGAACUCGUUCUCCGAGCCUCUGCUCAAGGCGACGCACUGGGAGUGGUAUCCGAUGCUCACGAAGGGCUACGGCACGAUUCGAUCGUACGGUAAGCGCGUCGUCUCCAACAAUUGGGACAACAAGGAGGGCUUCGUCGACAUCCAAGGCACCACGGCCGACACCGCCGGCUCGCUCUCAUCUCAAGGCGUGUACGGCGACACUCGAUUCCUGACGCAGCUCCGCACCGGGUACACCAUCACGGCGUGCGGGCAAACCAGAAUGGUGAACUCGAUUCAGUCCGACGUCGAGCUGACGAUUGAUCGACCUUUCACCCUGGGUAACCGCGAGUUCGUCGCGGCCUCGGGAUCGAGCACGACACUGACCGAUCUCUACGUCCGUGGUCUCACGCGAUUGUUGCCUUUGUGGCCGCGCGGGGUCACGGCGAGAGUCAUCAUCGACAACAGCGGCGCCAACUUCAAGUACACGACGUACUGGAAGACGUUCGCCAACGACGUGGCCUCAGCGACAUUAUCCACCUCCGCCUGGACCGAACUUCAAGAUUCAGGCGUGUCUCAGGGUAUCGGCGUUUAUAUCAAGUUCAAGAGCGGCGUUACAUUCACCGACGGCGACGAGUGGCGUCUGCACGUGGCGGAUAUCGAAAACUGCCGCUACUACGUCUCCACGGAGGGCGAGCGAUACAUCGCGGACGACAACUUGAACCCGCCGAUCUGCUACAAUCACGGAAAAUGCGUCGCCGCCAAUAGCGCUGAUUCCAACCGCCCGGCGGUGACGCUAUCUGGAACCAUGAAUGUGGUUUACUCCACCGGCACGCUCACCGGCACCUCGGGGACCAAGUUUACCUCCGAGCUCUCCGUCGGCGACAUCAUUUGGGACGGUAACAGCGGCACCUCCGAGGCUCGAGUCACGGCGAUCUUGAGCGAUACAUCCGCCACGCUUGAGACGCACUCGUCUGCGCCCACUGAUAUCAGCGGUUCGACCACGAUCAAGGUGCUCAAGUGCGCCGCCGGCAUCUACGGCAGUCACACGCUCGGAGGCACCGUCGAGCGAAGCGUUGUACCGCAAGCGUAUCUGCCGCAUCCAUUACACUCGUUCUACCAAACCUGGUCGCACAAGUACUGCGAAAUCGACCCCGGUUGCUGCGGUUUCCGUGUCUCCUCCGUGGUCGAUCCGCAACAGUACGCGUACUAUUACCUCAAGCCCGACAACGGCGAUUACAACUUCCGCAUCGCCGUGCACACGGUGAACGACAACUUGGAUUUGUACGCCACGGUUGGUACCACGAGACCGACGACGGCUUCUUACGGUCACACGUCGGUGCGCGAAUCCGUGCCAUGGGCGAUCGACGUCGACGAGUCCUUGGUCACGUGUGCGGCGUCGAGUGGAGGGGGUCUGGAUCGAGCCGUCCUCGGCGGCGCCGCCGCAGGCGGCCUCUACUCCACCGCUCUCGGCUCAUACGUUCACACCGACGAUUCUCCAGACUGCGACACGAUCUUGGUCGGCGUCAUGGGCGAUAACCGUUACCCACAAACCGUCGGCGCGAGCGAGUACAGCGCGAGGUUUUACCUCGAGUUUAACUUUCCAACUUUUGCCUGCGACGACAGCGCCGUCGCGCGCACGGCUUGGGGGAACAACUUCUCUUACAACGUCUUGUGCCACACGCACGGUCUGCGAUUCGCCGGUGACGCGCACGUCGUGGAGAACGAAGAAGCUUCGCCAAAGCAUGUCGUGCGCCUGACGGAGGCGUACGCGCGCACCAACGGCGCCGCCGGCGGGAGUCCGUGGAAGUCGAGCGACGAUUUCCGCACGUCGCAACGCGUCGGCGCGGUCUGGUGGUAUCGCAAGGUGCACAUCUGGGACGGAUUCGAAACAAAUUUUGAGUUCCAAAUCACCGCUCCGACGCAGUGCGGUGGCAGCGAUCAGAUUUGCGACGGUGCCGACGGUUUCGCCUUUGUCAUCACCAACGACAACCGUCAAGAGAAUGUCACGUCUGUGCACGCGAACACGGGCUGGGCGUGCGAUGAGCCCGACACUGCGAACCCCGAACCUAUCAGUGGUACUAAGUACCAGCUUUGCGGAGCGUCCGACAAUAACGACCCCACCCACGCCGACGCGGGUCAUGGUUUUGUCGGGUGCCCGGGUGACGGUUUGGGUUACGGCGAAUCCACAAUCGUGGACUCCGCGGGAUACUCUGGCUCCGCCGCGCAAUGCGUCAACGGCCUGAAAAAAUCGCUCGCCGUGGAAUUUGAUACCUUCUACAACGUCGAACGCCGCGAUCCGAAGCAAGGGAAGCAACACUGGUGGAUCAACGCCACGGAGUACGUGUCGUACAAUGACAAUCACGUGGGCGUCUUCAUGAGCACGUCGCCAACGUACGCCAACCAACCGUGGGGUUCGGCCGUGGAAGACCUCAAAGCUGAUCACAGCGACGAUCUCGAAGGCAUGCACUUCGGGAGCACGCCGAGCGUGCCCACGUUGGCGGACGCGCUCACGCACACGGUGAAGAUUAGGUACACGCGGGGGUUCACCACGGAGAAGGGCGGUACGGGGCAAAUCACCACCACCGACGUCUCUGCGAGCGAUAGGCGCAAGCUCGCGGGCACGAGCACGAAGUUCAAGACGGAACUGCGAACUGGGUUCGAGUUCGGAUACGGUGGACGCGUCAAGGCGAACGUCAAGGUGAAGAUCAACCGGGAUCAAACGGAGGCUUCUCCGCAAGCCGUCGUCACCGGCACGUCGGGCUUCCCCGACGACGGCGAGAUGUGCAGGGUCGUAUCCAUCGUCGACGAUACCGAGGCCCAUCUGGAGAAUACGGGGACGGCGAACGCGACGCUCAAUGAAGUGCAAACGUUCAUGGACAUGCAACAGCCCGCGUUUAACCCGGCGCAAGCGAGCGCGGUUGAUUACAACAUCAUCAAGGAGUUCCCGGGAGAGAUUCAAGUCUUCAUCGACGACAUGGAUCGCUACGUCUUCCAGGUCGCCGUGGAGGAUCGGGACAUGGCGAAGAUUUUAGACACGGACGGGAACGCCUACAUCGGUUUCACCGCGAGCACGGGGAGUAAAGGGUUCGCCAAGGUUGGUUACCAGGCGGUUGAGGUGCACGAGACGCACGACAUCAAGGCGUGGAGCUUCUGCCACGCCCCAGGGUGCGUCCCGUACUAG